ACCUGACGUUUCAUACCACAUAACUACAGAUACAGAAUGUAACUGGCAGACUUCUGUUUUACAACAAAAGAAGCAACUAGGUAUGUUAAUCAUAGAUAAAAUAUAUAUGAACAAUGGACAAUAUUGACGAGUUCAGAAAGUUAAAUUUAUAUAGUGACAGCUGUCACCAAUCUAUAAUAAAAGACACUAAGACAAUUGUGGAACAGGACCAGUCAAUCCUGUGGUACUGGGACGGAUUUUGUCAGGAUUAAGCAUCUGGCUGAAAUGCUGGAUCACAAGAGAGCAAGAGAGAGCAGCUGGCCAGCUAAUCAACAAAGCCUUCAGAAAUAUCCCUUUACCCAUAAUGCAAUGCAGAGAAAGCCUACAGUUAUACAAUUUAUUUUUAUUGUAUUGUAUAUACAGUGUGUGUAUUUGAAUAAAAGGGUUUAUCUUAACGAAAGCCUUAUGCUUUCCAGAUAAAAUCAAAAUUGUUCACCAUGACUACCAAAGCCAACAAAAAGCCAACCAGAAGGAACUGACCCUGUUAUAUUUAGAACGCCACUCGGGUCUGACAGCAUUCUGGAUCCAGGGGUCAAAACAGGGACAACACAAUACACACAUUCACAUACUGCGUGAGUACAUAAAUGAUGAAUCGCCAAACAAACUAAUAAAUACACAUCAUAUGAAAAUAGUUAAAUACACAAAUCAUAGGGUAUAUUUAGACAUUAUAGUGGAGGGGAAAGGGUAUGAUCUUGCAAAACCUCUACAAGCAUGCAAGGAAGUGGAGUCUGGUUUUGUUGAUGAUAUAUAAAAAGUGCAAGAUAAUUAGUGCUUCUAAAUUAGAGAGCUUUAAUGUGCAUUAAGACGCAUCUGCUAAUGCAGGCUGAAAUGAAAAUAUGCACAUUGUACGUUGUAUUCUCUAAAAGGUCAAUGACAUAGCAAGAACUUAAUGUGUUGUAAAACGAGUGCAGCAUUUGGAAGCAUUAACAAGUCUACAAAAUGGAAAUAAAUUCCUUGAGACACAAGUACCACACGAGGGUCCGUGGCCUCCUCCAAAUUCAUGCGAUGGUACUAAGUGUUGGUGAAUUUACAAGUGACUCCAGUUUCCAAUUAGCUUGUAGAUCUGUUGUAUUGCAAAUGUUGAUGGUAAAGAAACCACUCGAACAGGAUCAGGAGCGGCGGGUGCGAGAAUGUAACCAGAAGCUCUAUCAUAAUCACCCCUCGCUUCUAUACUUAAUACCCCCUCUCCAACCCAGCCUCAACUCUCUGCCAGCAGCUAUUUAGGGUGGAUGAUGGUAGGAUGUUCACGAGGUUGGGAUGAGUGCUUUUUAUGUGGAUCAUCUUUACACACAACACACACACAAAUACAACUCUAUCCAACAUAAGCAAGUCUGGCAUGACCCGUCUCUUCUUUUAGUCAAACUCGUACACAUUUGUUGACUCAAUCUACAGUUGUUAUGUUCCUGUGGUUAAGCACUCAAUCCUCUUGCAUUUAUGAUUCUGAUCGAUCUUGAGUUUCCGUUACAUUGGUUACUUUUGGUGGCGACAGUCAGAAAUCUUGCUGACUAACAUCUCUAUUCAUCAAGUGAUAACUUCAGAUCUGGUGGUCGUAAUAAACUCCUGCCCUCUAUGUUCUUUACUAAAGGUAAAGGGCAGCAAGCUUUUAGCGGGCAGGCUGUUUACUCCCCCUCAGCCCCAAAAUGUUUGCCUGUCCUUUCCCCUCCCUUUGAGAGAUCUGGUAGAACCACUCUGUGAUAGGGAUGUAUCACAGAGUGGUAUGUGGGCUGUCUACUGAGUGGUGGAGCAAUGGUCGACCCUCCCCUUUGCACUUUACACAUUAGAUCUCUGCAAAAGCAAUGGACCACAUUCUAACAGAUGGGGCUCACACACUUUUGACAACUCUUCAGGAUCAAGAGGACCAAGCUCUUUCUUUAUUGAUCACCCUUUUUAGCAAUGAAUUACUUCCUGAUGCUCAGCAACAGACACGGUGAUGGUGUUCUAUCUCGGUACCAAAGCUUGCGUACGGAAGGUCGGAUGUGCGAUGUGGUUUUGGAGGCGGAGGGUGUGGAGUUCCCUGCUCAUCGUACGUUGCUAGCCUGUUCCAGCGAUUACUUCUGGUCCUUGUUCCAAGACUACACUCUGGAAUCUGGAGCCCACAUUAUCAGUCUGCCAGCCUUGUCUUCCGUGGGCCUGGAGCAGAUACUUGACUUCAUCUACACAUCAUGCAUCUCACUGUCACCUUCCACUCUGGAGGUCACGCUGCAAGCUUCGACGUAUCUGCAGGUCAACCAUGCUAUGGAUCUUUGCACUGACUACAUCUCGGAAAGCAUCGCUCUUGACAACUGCUGCUUUUUUGCUAACAUAGCAGCUCGCUAUGGCCUUUGUUAUGCAUUUACUGCCAGCAACUCUUUUAUUGCCUGUAACAUGUGCAGAAUACUUGCAGGUGGGCAAAACAAAGCUGAACUACUGGAGUUAAACCUUGAGUCUCUGCAAGAUGUGCUUGCAGCUGAGGAGAUGCCAGGAGUGAAGGAAAUUGACCUUCUACAGUUGGCGCUGGACUGGCUGGAGUGGAACCCGCUUUCUGCCCUGCAAAGUAAUGCACUGCUUAGUCGCAUCCGAUUUGCUUUGGUCCCACCUGCAGAGCUGUCUCAACUAAGUGCAUUUAAAACUGCUCUACGCACUCCCUUCAUUCACAGCCUAGUGCAGAAAGCACUUCACUACCACCGUCAAGGUCCUCUCCAACCUCUUCUUCAAAGUGUCCACACCAGCCUUAGAGUCCCAAACAGCAAAAUCCUGCUGGUGGGUGGAGGGCCAGAAGCAGACAGACCCGAGAAUCAGAUCCUGACCUAUGAACCACGCAGACGGAAGUUCUGCACCCUCUCUUUUACUCUGCCAAAUAAGCUCCAACACCAAGGGGUAUGCAUGGUCGGGAACUUUCUGUUUGUGCUAGGUGGUGAGGUGGUGCAAGUGGAUGAGGAAAAUGAGAAGACUGCUGUGAUGGCCGUCACUGACCAGAUAUGGCGCUUUGACCCACGGUUUGAGAAAUGGGAGGAGAUGGAACCGCUUUUACAGAAGAGGGCACAGUUUGCUUGUUGUGUGGUGGACGGUGUUAUUUUUGCCAUAGGUGGGCGAGGACAGAAGAGUGAGCCUGCUUUAUCAUCUGUGGAGAGAUACAAUAUGAAUGCAGGGUGUUGGCGAAGUGGAGUGUCCCUGCCGCAUCAGGUCCACGGGCAAGCGUGUGCCACCAUCGGAGCGGGAAUCUACAUCUCCGGAGGCAUCCAUGGCAACAGCCCAGACAGCAGUAAAGAGAUGAUGUUUCUGAAUACCUUUGAGGGUGAUGCCUGGCAAAGAUGCGCAGAAAUGUCCAUUGCCAGAUUUGGGCACCAAAUGGCAACAGUAAGGGGGAAAAUAUACGCCUUUUUGGGAAUGUAUGAGCCAUUCUGUGACAUUGAACGCUACAAUCCUAAGCAGGACCUGUGGACUCGUCUACAGCCCCUACUGAAUGACCGCUUCUGCUACGGCUUGAUAGCAACAGGGGGAAGACAUGUGCUUAUGUUUGGGGGAAGGAAAUGGCAGGAAGGACAGGAGGUGUGCACCACAAACGUGCUGCAGUAUGACACAGAAUAUGACGCUUGGAAGGAAGUGUGUAAACUACCAGGGCCCUUGUGUGGGACUCAGUGUGCCCUUAUGGCCAUUCAAGACCCUCCGGAGACCUAAAAGUCCCUCAAACAAUCAUUCCACAUACACACAGAUAAACAGAAGGCUGUCAUUCCUUGCUGGACCAGAGUAAGUUGAAGGGCAUGGGUUAACUUUGUAUCAGAGCACUCUGAAUUGUCAAGUGGCAUGGACGACAAUGGAUGUUUAUUUACCCAAAUACAGAGGACUUUGGUGGGGUAAAAAGCCAUUAAGUAUUUAAUAGCAAGUAUUUAAUAGCUCCUGAAAAUGAGUCGCUAUGAAUAGGGUAAAGAAGCCAUGACAUUGACAGAUGACUUGUCAUAAAAAAACAUUGGUCCUGAUAAAUGGCAUCGAUCUGGCACAAACACUGGAGCAAAGGACAGAGCUCAAGAUUGAACUUUGUACAUUUGCACUGCACUAUGGUAAAAGAGAAAACAGAAGAAAAGACAUUGGAACACAUAAACGAAUCGCCUGAAGCGCAGUUUGGACAAGUUUUGAAUAUUUGGCACCAUGUGAAGAUCAAAGGUGACAGUCAAAACGUCUUAUGUCAGAAGGACAACAGCUGCCAAGAAUGUUGUAGACAGACUGUGGAUAGUAACUAAAAAGAAAUGAAACGGAAGGAGGGUACACUCACAGACGCUUAGAGAAGCCAAAUACUCAAGCCAAGGAUACAUGGGAGGUCAAAACACGCCGAUAUAUGUAUUAAAGGGAUAGUGCACAUAAAUAUAACAAUUCUGUCACUAUAAAAAAGAUAUGUAGUUGAUUUUUGGUCUUCUGUGGAGCAUAAAAGAUGUUAAUCAGAAGCUAUUCCAAGCUAUUAUUUUUUUAUACAAUGAAAGUGGAUGGGGACCAAGGGCUGUCAAGUUUUGAAACUAACAAAAAACAACGAAAGCAUUUACAUUUGAUUUACCUUACAAAUAAUGAAAAUGACAUUUACUUUAUCAUCUCUUGCAUCAAAAAUCGACCAUAUUUAAGGUCAUCUGAAGCGUCAUGAUAAAUUUAGGAAAAGAUGUAAGGAACAAUUCAAAUUUGACAACAUUAAUAACUUGCCUAAGAAUCUUGUUUAUCAGCCGUCUCCCCAUUCAAUUUCAUUUUAUAGCUGCUUGGAGAUUUUGCAACACAUAACACCUGUUGUGUUCCACUGAGGAAAGACGGUCAUACAGGUUUGAAAAGAAUAUGAGGAUAAGUAAAUAAUGAAAGAAUUAUUGUUAUUUUUUGUCUGAACUAUUCCUUUAAAGAACACUGAGUGUGUGUGGGAUGCAGAUGAGCCAAUGGAGGGCAUUCAAUCAAUUAGCUCAAAAUCAGGCCCUGCAUAGAGAUGAGAAACAACAUCUAGAGGUUUCUCCACAUAUAACAAUGUAGAAAACAAUAUAUCAGCAAUAUAGUUCAAGAGUAACAUUAAUUGUGCAAACAGCUGAGUAAAUUAGAUAUGCAAGAUGCUGGAAGUAACUUUUUCUGUGUUGAAUUGUAAACAAGCAAAGUCCUUCAGUUUCUACAAUAAAUAACAUGAUCUAAAUCUGUAAAAUAGCAGCAAAGAAGGAAAUGCAUGAAUAAAGAUUGUGCAAAAUAUGUCUGAGCACGUAAGCCUUCUUUGAAAAGAACAUUUGGACAAAUUCUGCAAUACAACACACACUGCAAUACAUAAUUAAGUAAAUAACGAGAAAUAGGGCUGUGCGAUUUGGGGAAAAUAUCUAAUUGCGAUAUUUUUGACAGACAUUGCGAUUGCGAUUUGAUUUGCGAUUUUAACUUUUCUAAUUCAAGCUUCAAUUCAAUAUUGUUGUGUGGAGCACAGUAUGGGUAUAGUUACCUUGAAAGAAAACAACAAAAAUAAAAACAUUUAAUUGUUUCCAUUAAAACCAUUACAAAAUUAAUUUUUGUAGUGUGCUUUGGGCAUUAUUCAAAUAGGGCUUACUGUUGUUCAAUUGGUUCCCAACUUCCAGAUUACAUCACACCAAUACAAUCCAAAUACCAGUGUACACUAUUAUAGUUUCCAUUAAAACAAAUACAACUCCCAUUGUAACCCUUAAAUCCAUAACAUUUUCUAUUGUGUUAGUGAAUUAUUAAAAUAGUUCAUAGUUUACAUAGGUUGAUUUAUUAUUGUUUAAGUAUGUGGGAUUUUUUAAAACAAGUAAAAAAUGUGCUGAAUGUUUAAUUUCAUCCAAGUGAAAUUAGCAAAACAGUUAGAUAGAAUUUACAUUUGUUUGAAACGCGGAGCUAGGCGUGAGUUUACACAGGGUGCGCGCGUGCGUCAAGCCUCGUCCAUAUUGCCAGAUGCCCGAGCCGGACUCAAGUACUAUAAACGUCAUUACUAGUAUGGCGUUAUUAUAAUGACAAAUGUCGCGUUUUCAUUGGCCCGCCGUGGAAGCCUAUCCCUGAUUGGUUGACUACUUUUGACAGCCUAUAAUGCCUGGAACACACAGGAGGACCUCUCGAGAGCAAGAGUACCAAAGGAUUCGUGGACGCACGGAACGCAUUUUGAGUGCGCACACGCUCACUGAGCGAGAGGAGAGAAAAUUCAUAAGAGAGCAGCGUAUAGUUGAAAGCGCGCGUCCAGUUUUGUGCACGAGCAAAGGAAAUCGGCGUGCGAGCGGAGAGAUUCGCGCGCUCGUAUGACAAGAAUGCGCUCUCGCCUUGUAAUAAUGCGCUCGUGACAUUUGUCA